GCAUUUACUUACAGACGCUGCGGAAGGUGAUAUUGGUCAGCACAUCCCUCCAGCAUUCACCCACAUUAUGUUUACGUGUGUAAAACAUCGUGAAAGUCGCUAGCGUGUGUGUGUUUUUUUUAAAUCCCGGACUUUGUCUGAGGGGCUCUCCUCUGUCUUCGCGGCAUACCGUUACAACAACGGGAAGAAAACGACGCGUGUUCACGCUGUUACCGUCUGUCUCGGUACCAGUGAGAGCGGAUUUUCAGAGACAGUUUGAAACAACUGCGGCCAAAAAAUGAAGGCUAAAACGUGAGACUGAGCUUUGUUUUCCGUCACCGAAGGACAAAUGGAUCAAGCGGAGGAGCUGGAGCAGAUCUCCACUUGGUGUAUAGAGGAGGGCCUUGCUCCUGACUCCUCAAAGGAGGCUCAGCUGUGUUUGCUAUGGCGUGCCCUUCAGCACACGAGAAGCCAUCUGAGCAAAGUGACCAGAGACCUGGAAACCCACCGCUCUCAGCACUUUGCAGAGAUGACAGAGGUACGCAAGUCGUUGGAGCAGAUCCGAUUCUUUACAGAGCACAAAGAUGUUUUGGCUCAGGAAAUACAAGAUGAGAACGAUCAUCUUAAGGAGCAGCUGCGGCGCCUAAUAUCACUUCAAGAUGCCCAGAUAAGCGAGGUGGCUAAAAUGCUAUACCAGCAGGGUCUCACAGAGUUGAUUCACAGCACUCCUAGUGAGCAGGUGGCUUACCUCCUGGUGGAAAGGGCUUCCCUGCUUGAGACAAGUGAAUUUACAGACAAGGAGAUGGGUGAUGGAAACACAGCCAACCAAGCAGGGACAGGAGCACAGGUGAUGAGCACCACCAUACUCCAGGCUACCCACAAGGGGGCACCACGUCAUGGGCGGAGCUCAUGGAAAAAACUCUUUGGGCUUCACAAAUCUUCACAGAGCAAACAUACUUUCAUUCCUGCUGAGGCCAGAUUUUUGGCUGGCCAGGAAAGCAGUUUAGGGAGGGAGUGCUCCCGCCUGCAGCGAGACCUGGAGGAGGGCUCCCGCCGGCUGGCAAUGGCGCACAGUGAGAUCCGGCGUUUGACUGAUGAGCUGGAGUCUGCUCAUUUGACCCAGAAAGCGUAUGAGCCUGAGCUGCAGUCAGCACAGCAGGAGGUGGAGCAGCUGCGACAGGAGGUAGCAAAGCUGAAGAAAUAUGAAAUGGUGGAACUGCGAAAGACCAAAGAGCUGAAUGACCGUCUGGACCUUGAGAUCAGAGCCUUGAGGAACAGGGUUCGCUACUUGGAUGCUGAGAAAACUUCUCUGCAGCAGACAGUGGUGUCUCUGCAGGAUGAGGCAGUGCAGCUGAAGGCAGACCUACAGGAGCAGCAACAGCAGUUCCUGACUAAACAGCUUCCAGCCAAACAGGAGGUGACUGAUGCUCAAACAGCAGCGUUGGCAAAGAGCAACAAGACCUGCACACUUUUACAAGAGAAUCUCACUACAGAGAAAAGAAACCUUCUGGAAAAAGAGGAAACUAUUGAGUCUCUGCAGAAGGAGGUGGCGCAGCUGCAGUCAGCCCUGAAGGAGCAACAGCAGCAGCUCAUCGCUCUGCAGCUUCAAGCCGACAAAGCAAAGGAGUUAGCUAAAAUACGUUCACUUCAGCAGCACCUUGAUAGUUCCCAAAACAAUGUGGAUAACCUUACAGCAAAAAUCAGCACCAAUGAACACAACCUCCAGGAUCAAAAGCUGCUGAAGCAAGAAAUAGAAGAUCACCUUGUUUUUGUAAACAUUUACUCCAGCUCACAUGACUCCUUUAUGACAGAGGAUACAGAGCUACAGACAAUGGCAUACAGAGAAGACACACUACAAGAGGCAUGUCCUGAUAGUCAAAAAGCAAUGAAAAUUCUCCUGUCCACCCAAGACGAGUGUGAGGGACUUAAGAAGGAGAUCUGUGAAACCCUGAAAUGCCUUGAUGAAGAGCGCAGUAAAUUCCAUGAGAUGAAGCAAAAACACAAAGCCAAACUUUGUCGAGCCAAGCAGAAAUUAGAAUAUGAAACCACAUGGCGCGAUGAGAAGAUAAAAUGUCUGGAGAGAGAAUUGUCUUUGUGCUCCCAUUCGCUGGCAAAGGAGAAGGAGCUUGUCAUAAGCAUAACUGAGGAGAAUGAAAAACUACUGUCUGAGAGGAGGAAGCUGCUACAACAGCUGAAUGAGGAGGAGCACAACAAGAAGGACAGUAAUCUGAAAGCUUCUUUAUCCAAAUGCAGGGUGGAAUUUUUAGAGAUGGAAAACAAGAAACUUGGAAGCCAAAUAUUCCAAAUGUCCAACCAGCUAGCUGUCCUGGAACGCAGUCUGCAGAAUGUGCAGUUGCUUCACUUUGCUGAGAAACUAAAGAAAAUGCCAAAUCACCAGAAGAUUUAUACGUCUCUUCCUCAGCAGUCUUUAAGUAUGAGUUCACCGGAGCUGUCUGAAGCUCGGGGCUUGUUGGAUGGCAUACAUGGCAGUCACUCCAAGCACAUAGCUGUGACUUCUUACCCUCACAGUUGUGCGUCUGAGCCUUUGUGUCGAUCGGCAGAGAUGGGCUACCUGAACCUGACCUCCACACAGAAGCACCAGUUGGACCACCCAGCUCCCCUGGCUGCCCUCAGCAGUCUGCAUUCUUAAGGUUUUCAUUCUAGAGUGUGAUCAUAAACAUUUUUAUUUGUAAGUUAAAUUAAUAAAUAACAAGAAGCAAACAGGGUGAGGAGUGCAGCCAUU